CUGCACAAACAGGUGCAGAAGGGCAAAUGCUGUCUCUUGGCUCUGAAUGCCUGGUGAGGCCUAGUAAGACAUCCCUAUUCCUAACUGCUAACAGCACCAUGGACUUCCUAAGGAUUUGUCUUCCAGGUCUGUCCUACUGUAGACCAUGAGUAGGUAAUGCACAGUGAGGACUAUUGGGAGCCAUGUCAGACGAGUCAAUCUCAGGGAGUGAUCCAGACUUGGACCCAGACUUGGAGCCGGAGGAUAUGGAAGAGGAGGAGGAGGAGGAGGAGGAGGAGGAGGAGGAGGAGGAGGAGGAGGAGGAGGCAAUGGAGGAGGGCAAUGAUGGGGAUGAUGAGGAAGACUUGCUUGAUGAGAAUGAUCAGUCCAGAGAAGGCAUGUAUGGCACUGAACAUACCCAGUCUGAGGAAGAUGGGGAAUGGCAGCACUCUACUUCAACUACCUCAUCUCAGAGCAAAAGGGCAGAGCGUCUUGGUCAGAACCAGCGCAAGAACCUGACCUCUGAGGACACCAAAAAAAAGAGGGCUCAGAAACCUUCCCAUAUGAGGAGGAACAUAAGAAAGCUGCUACGGGAAGAUCAAUUGGAGGCAGUCACCAAAGCAGCUCAACAGGAAGAGCUGGAAAGAAGAAAACGGCUGGAACAGCAGAGGAAGGACUAUCCUGCCCCGAUCCCCACUGUGCCACUGGAGUACCUCCCAGAGGAAAUUGUUUUACGAGCAGGUGAUGCUUCCCAGCUCCCCCCUCAGGUCUUAGCCCAAGAAGUGAUUUGUUUGGAUAGCACCAGCAGCGGCAGUGAGGAGGAGACAAAGGGAAUACUACAUGGCAUUAAAGAUGAAGUGAUCGAACUGAGUUCCGGAGAGGAUGAGACCCUUCAGAUUGUGGACAGUAGUGAUUCUGCUAAUGAAGGGGACGGUGAUGCCACCGAGGAGAGCAGUGGCUCCCACGUGAAUGAUGCCUUAAAUCAGUCAGAUGCUAUGGGGCAGGUCAUUGUCAACAUCAACCACCCACCUAAUGAGGAAAAUAUCUUCCUAGCCCCACAGUUGGCACGUGCAGUGAAACCUCAUCAGAUUGGUGGAAUCCGAUUCCUGUAUGACAAUUUGGUGGAGUCCCUGGAGAGAUUUAAAACCAGCAGUGGAUUUGGCUGUAUUCUGGCUCACAGCAUGGGUUUGGGAAAAACUCUACAGGUGAUCUCCUUCUUAGAUGUCCUCUUCCGACACACAGAAGCCAAGACUGUCCUCGCAAUUGUACCGGUGAACACUCUUCAGAACUGGCUGGCAGAGUUCAACAUGUGGCUGCCUGCCCCUGAAGCUCUACCUGCUGACCACAAACCUGAAGAGAUUCAGCCACGCUACUUUAAAGUCCACAUUUUGAAUGAUGAGCACAAGACGACGGCUGCUCGUGCUAAGGUGGUGACUGAUUGGGUGUCAGAGGGCGGGGUGCUGCUGAUGGGGUAUGAAAUGUACCGACUCCUCUCCCUGAAGAAAUCCUUUGCUACAGGUAGGAAGAAGAAAACCAAGAAACCUGCUUGUCCGGUAAUCAUCGACCUGGAUGAGGAGGACCGACAACAAGAGCUCAUGAAAGGCAUUGAGAAAGCCCUUUCCCGCCCUGGCCCUGAUGUGGUGAUUUGUGAUGAGGGGCACCGAAUCAAGAAUUGCCAUGCCAGUACAUCCCAGGCCCUAAAAAAUAUUCGGUCUCGCCGUCGGGUGGUGUUGACUGGGUACCCCCUCCAGAACAAUCUCAUUGAGUACUGGUGUAUGGUGGACUUUGUACGCCCUGAUUUCCUAGGCACUCGGCAGGAGUUCAGCAACAUGUUUGAGCGCCCCAUUCUCAAUGGGCAGUGUAUUGACAGCACCCCUCAGGAUGUUCGCCUCAUGCGAUACCGAAGCCAUGUUCUCCAUAGCCUCCUGGAAGGAUUUGUGCAGAGGCGAGGCCACAGUGUGCUGAAGAUACAGCUUCCAUACAAAGAAGAGCAUGUAAUCCUAGUGAGACUCUCCAAAAUCCAGCGGGCUUUGUACACAGAGUUCAUGAAUCGUUUCCGUGACGCUGGCAACAGUGGCUGGCUGGGGCUUAACCCUCUUAAGGCUUUCUGUGUGUGCUGCAAGAUCUGGAAUCAUCCUGAUGUGCUGCAUGAAGCCCUUCAGAAAGAGAACCUUGCCAAUGAGCAGGACUUGGAUGUAGAUGACCUCAGCACAGCUGGGACCAAUGCCCGCUGCCAGACCCAGGGAAUUAAAGUCAAAACCGAGGGCAGUACCUUGGCACCCUCAGGGGGAGAGGCAACAAACAGCAAAUUCCUACAGGGGGUAGGAGGCUUCAACCCCUUUCAAGAGCGAGCCAACCAGGUUGUCACUUAUGAAUGGGCCAAGGACAUCCUAUGUGAUUAUCAGACCGGAGUCUUGGAGAACUCACCCAAAAUGGUGCUGCUUUUCCACUUAAUUGAAGAAAGUGUGAAACUUGGGGACAAGAUCCUUGUAUUCAGUCAGAGCCUUUCCACCUUGUCUGUCAUCGAGGAGUUCCUGGCCAAGAGACUAAUGCCCUGCCUGCCUGGCUCAGAUGGGCAAGGAGAUCAGAACUGGGUCCGAAACCUCAGCUAUUACCGACUAGAUGGUAGCACCUCGGCUUCUGAAAGGGAACGUCUUAUCAACCAAUUUAAUGAUCCCAACAACAGUUCUGUGUGGCUCUUCCUCCUUUCUACACGAGCUGGAUGCUUGGGUGUGAAUCUGAUUGGUGCCAACCGAGUUGUGGUGUUUGAUGCCUCCUGGAACCCUUGUCAUGAUGCUCAGGCAGUGUGUCGUGUAUACCGCUAUGGGCAGAAGAAGCCUUGUCAUAUCUACCGACUAGUGUCUGACUACACUCUGGAGAAGAAAAUCUAUGACCGGCAGAUUUCCAAACAGGGAAUGUCAGAUCGGGUGGUGGAUGAUUUAAAUCCAGUGCUCAACUUCACCCGGAGGGAGGUAGAAAACCUAUUGCAUUUUGUAGAAGAGGAGCCAGACCCCACCCAGCUGGCACUGAACAUCAGUAAAAUCAAGGACUCUGUCUUACAACUUGCAUGUCUCAAGUACCCUCACCUCAUCACCAAGGAGCCUUUCCAGCACGAGUCGCUGCUCUUGGAUCGAAAGGAGCACAAGCUGACCAAGGCAGAGAAAAAAGCAGCAAAGAAAAGCUAUGAAGAAGAGAAGCGGGCGUCUGUCCCUUACACACGUCCAUCCUAUGCUCAGUAUUAUCCUGCCAGUGACCAGAGCCUGACCAGUAUCCCUGCCUUCAGCCAGAGAAACUGGAGACCAACCCUGAAAGGUGAUGACAAGCCUGUGGCCAGCGUCCGCCCUGUGCAGUCAACCCCCAUCCCUAUGAUGCCCCGGCAUGUCCCACUGGGCAGCUCAGUUUCUGCCUCAGCAUCCAACCCAGCAGUUAACUUCCCCAUCAACUACUUACAGCGUGCAGGGGUCCUCGUGCAGAAGAUUGUUACAACAACAGAUAUUGUCAUUCCUGGAACAAACAGCUCCACAGAUGUGCAGGCAAGAAUCAGUGCUGGGGAGAGCAUCCAUAUCAUCCGUGGAACAAAGGGGACAUAUAUCCGGACGAGUGAUGGGCGGAUUUUUGCCAUCAGGACAACUGGAAAACCAAAGGCUGAUGAUGAUCGCCGGACAGCUGCCUCAGGAUCCCAGGGUCCAUCUCUAGAGUCCACAAGCAAUGGCAGACAUAGUGCCUCAUCGCCCAAACCCCCCAACACAGAGGAGCUGGCCAGACCUAUUUCCCCUGACAGCCCUGAGAUCAUCAGUGAAUUGCAGCAGUAUGCAGAGGCUGCAGCUGCUCGAGAGACCCAUCACAUCUCGCCUAGCACCAACCCUGUCUCCUCUGGUCCCCCAACCCGGUCUACAGACAGUAACGCAGUCCCUGGGACAGCUCGAGGGCCUGAGCCUCGAUUAGGGAGCCAUUGCCUGGCCCUUUCCCUCCCGGCCACCAGCCAGCCCAGUGAUGGGCACCCAGUACUGGACUUACGGGGCAACAAACGCAAGUCGGCCUCACCAUCUGCCACAGAGGAGCCAGCCCGCCGGCCGCCCAAAAAGUGCCAGCUGCCAGCCCCCGUGCAGCCGUAUGAACACGGGUACCCAGUUUCCAGUGGAUUUGCCAUGCCACCAGUCUCUUUAAACCACAACCUCACCCAUCCCUUCACCCCCCAGGCGGGGAACUCCUUCUACAUGGGCACUGGCUCCUCCUAUUACCAGCUGCCCAAUCUGCUGGCAGACUCCCCUCUGGUAUUCCCAGUGACUACUGACCCCCUCCUGCCAGCUGGCCCAGUCAGCUCUUCUUCUGCUGCUACCUCAGCCACUGCCAGUGUCCCUUCCUUCAUGCUAAACCCCUCUGUGACGGGGAUGCUGCCUAGCUACUCACUUCCCUUCACACAGUCUCUCCUGCCCGAGCCCAGGAUGUUUGCACCCUUCCCCUCCACCAUUCUGCCCAGCAGCCUUGCCCGGGGCAUGUCAGUCUACCCAAGCUAUAUGUCCCCCCACUCGGGGUACCCAGCUGGCAGUCUUCUACGGUCCCAGGUGCCUCAUUUUGACUCCCACGAGGUCUCGGAGGUGGGGUGCAGCUCCAAUGAAGAUGAGGACAAAGACGAUGAUGUGAUAGAAAUCACAGGGAAAUAGCUGGGGAAUCCUUUCCACCUCACUCUGGCCCCCUCCCCCCACCUCAAUGGGCUUCCCAUUGGGAUUGGAAGGCAAAGAUUGGAGCUCUGAAGAUAGGGCCCAGAAAGGGAGAACAGUAGGCAAGACAGGGGCUGUCUGUCAUUCUUAAAUAUCACAGGUUCUGUACUGUUUAGCAAGGAAGGAGAAAAUCCAGACUGCCACAGUGGAGGGAGUUUUGAGGACUGGGGACCAGAGAUAGGAGAGCAUCCUGCCUUUCUCCCUGUCUCCUCAAUCUGUGCUGUCUGCCUGCCUGCCUGAAUGGGAGAGUCCAUGUGAAGAUUGGUUGUUCUGGCUUAAUUCUGGAAGCUUUCAUCCAGUUUCUGGCUUUUGGGAGUCCUCUCUCUUAAGAGAGCUGCCUUAUUGGGAGAUUUAGGUUACUCUGGGGAGGGCAGGGGGGCUGCGUGGAGAGGAAGGGCAAGGGGAAAAGGGAGGAUAGGCUGAGAUCCCAUUUGAAGUGGGGUUAGUUUCGGGGGAUGGAACAGGAAUUCAGCCAGGGGUGUGUGUGUGUGUGUGACAGAGACAGACAGACAGACAGCAUGGUAGGAGAGAAGGAAGGGUUCUGGGAUAGGGCUGGGGAGAACUUGAAAUUUUCCUUUCUUAAUUGAAAUAGAAAUGUAGUGGCUUCUUUCCAGCUUGAACAGUGAGUAAACAGAAGAGACUCAGCUCAGGGUUGGGAGAGUUGCCUUUUCACAAUUCCACCUAGAUAUGGGGUGACUGAGAAGACCUGGUUGACCCACUGUCUUGACAUGCAGAUUCUCAGUGCUGCAUUUGCUUUAGGAUUUGAAGAAAAAUACAAAGAUUAUACAUUGCCAGGUUGUUUCUCCUUGCCAUGUCUGUGUCUCUGGGCAGCUCUUGCUUUUCCUCUUGAAGGGAAGCUGUGUGUGUAUCCUGUGAGGGGGUGGGUGGUGGGGAGGGGAAGAUUCACUGCCAUGUGUGGAGAGCUUCUCGGUGGUGGGAUCAGUGGGAAUUCUUAAGAGUUUAUAAGACUAAAUCCCCAACUACCUGGCCUAGUGGUAUGUCUUUGUUCCCUCCUCCAUUAGAAAUCUCCAUGUUAAUUUAUUUCAUGAAGGCAAUUAUUUAUUAUCGGGGGUUUUCAUUUCUUUUUUCAUUUAUGUUAGGGGGAGGGAGUUGGGAGGGAAAGGGGUGGGAGAUAGGAAGCAAAUGGGGAUGGGGAAUUUUAAGGUCUCCUUGACCCUGGGUUGUCUGUGAGAAAUAUUAUAUGGACAGGGAAUCAGUCUUGGAUGGAAGGUAGAGGAUUUGACCAAAGUGUAGACUGUAGUUAGGACCAAUGCAUUUCUAGGUGGUGAUUUCCUAGGAUUAGUGCGGAGGCCAUGCAACUGGCUGCAAAGUGAGAAGGUAGGAAACAACUGUCCUGGUCUGGGGCCUCCCGUGUACUCCAUUCCUGUAAUGGGCUUAUGGCUUUGGAGCGCUGGCUGCCCUUUCAAUUCUUCAGAGCUUGUCCGCUGUUGACAGCAGAUUUGGAAGGAGGGGGACAUCAGCUUAGUUUCAGGAUAAGGAAUAUUCCCAACUUCUAAAGUACAUCCUGUGACGAAGGUGUUGAAUUUGGCUGUUUUCCAGUGCAAGGAGUUGUGUUAUCACCAUUCCUUCCCUCAUCUGAAUCCUGGGUUUGACUUCCAUUUUUAGAAGCAAAUUGGUCAUUCUGGGCUCCGCCUUUUCCUGAUGACAGUGUCUAGGAUAAGUAUAAACUUUAGGACUGGCAUUGGGUUUUUGAGUUACUAGGGUUUUGUAAACUGGCUGAGGUGAGGAUGAUCCAGACAAAAAGCCUUUGCCUGACAAGCUUUCGCAGGGUGACAGCUGUAGCUGAUGACCACGUCUCCUCAGGCUGGGAGGUUGCAGCAAGUUCUUUGAGUGGGCCAUUACUGUUUCUUCCCAGCCCUGUGAGGACAGCGUGACCAGAUUGACCCUAGGAGUAAGAUCUCUUGUGAAUUUUCUGUCCAAACACUGUUUCCAUUGUUCAGAGGACUAGGUAUGCUGAGUUAUUCCCAAGAAAGGGGACAAAGAGAAGAUGGAUGAUAGGGGUGUGUGCACAUGUACGAGUGCACAUGUACGUACUGUUGUCUAAAAAUGCCAAAAGUGGAACCUUAGAGCUUGCUUUCUCUCUGUUUUCAUAGGCAUUCUGUCAGACAUACCUAACUCUGCUACUCAUAGAAGCCUUAGAUCUACAGUUUAGCUAUGCAAAUUAUUUUUGAUUAAUUUAAGAAUAGCAGUUCAAACCAGUGUUUUCUCUUUCAGACACUUCCCAUGAGUUGACAGUAAAGGGGCUCCACUGGAGCAGGCUCAGGUUUAAACUGGCACAGAAGAAGGGAACUAAUCUGGACCCACUGGGUUCAUUCACUACCUGAUCUGUGCUGGUGGCUCCAAAGACCCAGUAACAGGAAGGGUCUUGAGUUAUAUGUUGGGAGGAGGGAGAUUGUGUCUUUCCUGUUGCCUCUUUGCAUGUCCACUGACACUGAUUGUAUCAUCACUUUGUCACUAGAGUUGGUGGGCAGGCUAGUGAGGUGGAACUGGCCCAGGGACCAGGAUCACAGAUCCCUCUGCAGGAUAGUACAGAUAGCACUCUGAUGCUGGUGAAUGGUGGAAGACCCCUUAGUGUUUGCCACGUCAUGGAGGGUUUCACAGGGUUGGCUGUAAUGAGGGCAUUUAUCUGCCUUCUUUCACAUGUGGUACCAGGGGUUACUUCUCACAGUCACAUACUCCUGCUCCAUCUCUGAAGGCCAAAGCUUUGGGAGGCUGGUCUUGCUGAAGAAGGCCUUCUUUGAUAAUUGCAGUUGUAGAUUUUGUGGGAAAGUGUGAUGGUUGGGGGAUCUGAGUUUCUGAGGGUUUUAUAAAUGAAUUUUAGAAAAACAAAACCCUGUCUUUACUGCUGCCUUUCUGUGUAUGUCUGUCAUGUAUAUUUGUGUACACACGUUUGUGUGGUUUAUGUACGUGAGGGAAGCAGAUGGUGUCAUGGAGGCUGUGAAAAUCCUAUUCUUGCCUGCCUUCACUAAGGGAGGGGCAAAUGGGAGUGGCUUUCACUAUCCAGAUUAUGUAUGGUAAAGAUGGAAUGAGGAGGAGGGUAGUGUAUCCAAGGUAAUUCUUGGGCUGAUGACAUCUGUGGGUUGGGGUUUUUUUUUUUUAAGCCUUUUAAACCAUAUACAUCUGUUUUAUUGUAGAUUUGCUGCUUAUAGAUUUUGCUCUUAGUCAUAAGGGCACAGUACAAUUAUGAUACAAGAACAGCUGUAGUGAAACUAACUUUGGAUUUGAACUACACUCUUCCAUUUUUUUAAAUGUCUUUGUGGUCUUAAAUUGGUGCAGAUGUUACCAACAUUUAUGGUUCAUGUAUAAGUUGGAAAAGGAAUAAACUGUGUCCCAGAGCAGUUCCAUCUAAUACAAAUAUACAUCUGAGACUGACUUAACUUGGCUUCUGUGCUCCUUCAACACAGGAGUACUGAUUCCAGUAACAUCCAAGCCAGAGACGACUCCCCAGCGGACACCACUUUCUAGCUAAAAAUUCAAGGUGAUUUCUGCACACCCCUAAUUCAUACCCACAUCCAUUAUCUCCUAAAAUCUCCCUCAUCCAGGAGCAUGGAUCAAGGAGACACUAGCCGUUUUAAAAGUCCAUUUUUGCUGCCUGGUUGAAAAAGUAAACCAAACUAGCAAUUUCUCUUGGUGGGAAUCUUUACUAGAUCUUACCCUAAAAGUAACAUUAGCAGAAUAGGGCCUUUCGGUCAUUGCCAAGAGCCCAUGUUCUCUUGUUUGAUCCUGUUUAUAUCCAAUGUAAGAUGCACUAUUUGAGCAUGAGGCAUCUUGUGUCUUUUAACUGAAUGUCCAAUAUGUACAUGACAUUCCUCUCUUCAUCUAAGAGAAGAACCCAUUCCUCACCUCUCAUGGCUAUGACCUCCCUAUACCCUACCAAUUUCUCGUAGUGAUUGAUAACACUCAGCUUCUCCCUUUGGUGUGCAUAGCCUUCCCUUCUCAUGCAAAGUCACACCCACCAAGACAACUGACCCCUCUCAGUCACCAGUGUGAAACACCCUGAAAACAGGUGUCUGACCCAAGCGAGUCUCUUCAGAGAUCGGAGGGAAAGCUCUCUGACUUGGCUGUGAUCUGCCCCUGGUGCAGACCCGAGGCUUUGGCCCUGGACCUAGGUCCAAGGGGGUUCUUUUGGAAGAUCGCCCUUCAUCUUUCUCCUCCAGCUCUCUCAGCUCUUUCUGCCUCAGGUGGUAGUGCUGGAUGUGCCUGCCCCAUUUCAUUACUCUGUCCUAGACCAUAGGGACAACUGAGUCUUAAAACUACUAAAUUCUUGGCCAAGCAGAUUGGAACUUCCCUACCCACCAUGAACCCUCAAACCAAAAUGAGGGCACUCAGCUACAAGAGAACACAGUAUCCACUGGCCUUGGCCCAGUGCCUUUGUGUACAUCUGCCUUUUUUUUUUAAAGAGGUCCUGUAAUUUAACGUGUCAGUUUAGGAAGGGGCAGAUCUUUAAGGGCCUUUAUAGCAAGCAGUUGAAGUGACAUGUUUUCUUUCCUGUGUCCUUCUAUAAGGAUGGUGUUUUGAGGGUAAAAGUAUAUUGCUAAGGACCUCAUACUGUGACAUAACCUAGGACUCAUUAGUAGCUGCAAGAGCAUAGCCUGACCUUGGGAGGUUGUUUCCAAUAUGUAUGUGUUCAUUAAACUGCACUUAGGAGGGUAAGAACAGCAUGGGGUGGGAGGUGGGGGGUAGGGAGACAUUAGAGGAACCGCCCCUCCACCCCCAACUGACUUUUUUUCCUAUAACUUGAAUUGAUGAGCACCAUCUACUGAGGGUGGGUGGGGUAGGAUUGAUCAGUGGACCAGGUUCAAGGGAGGUAGAGAGGAGAGUUGUACUGGACAACCACUAAAGCCACACUGCUGAUAGGGAUGGGGAGGCACUUGGGACCCAGUACCUGGCUUUGGUUUUCAGUUUUCUUUUCCUUUGGAUGCCAUCUGAGUCUGGGGUCCGCCUUUGGGGAUUGAAAAGAAGAGAUUCUGUAGCAGGGCCGGCUGGCCCGCACGAAUGAUCAUGUGCUUCCCUCUUCUCUCUGUAAGGCAGGAUGUCUCCUGUCCCAGAGACUGGACAACUGGUCGUUUCUAUGACGUAUUUAUUUUUACUUGUGUUUCAUGUCACUUUUUUUAAAAAAGCAAACAGAACAAUUGUACGUCAGUAUAACUGCCUAUCGGUUUUCUUUCUCUCUUUUUGUAAAAUAAAACUUAAAAUAAAAAAAAAGAGGCA